CGUAGGGGUAAAGCAGAUCCGGUUGGAUUGCGGGGAAAAGAGAGCGGUGGGGCAAGAUGGCGACGCACCUGUCCUACGGGCGAGUGAACCUGAACGUGCUGCGCGAGGCGGUGCGUCGCGAGCUGCGCGAGUUCCUGGACAAGUGCGCGGGAAGCAAGGCAAUAGUUUGGGAUGAGUACCUCACAGGACCAUUUGGCCUGAUUGCACAGUAUUCACUACUGAAGGAACAUGAAGUGGAAAAAAUGUUCACGCUUAAAGGAAGUCGUUUGCCAGCAGCUGAUGUCAAGAAUAUUAUUUUUGUUGUCAGACCCAGGCUAGAAUUGAUGGAUAUAAUCUCUGAAAAUGUGCUCAGUGAAGACAGACGUGGCCCAGCAAGAGAUUUCCACAUUUUGUUUGUGCCACGACGUAGCUUAUUGUGCGAACAGCGGUUGAAGGAUCUAGGUGUUUUGGGAUCCUUUAUUCAUAGGGAGGAGUACAGCCUAGAUCUCAUUCCAUUUGAUGGGGAUCUCUUAUCCAUGGAAUCAGAGGGUGCAUUCAAAGAGUGCUACCUGGAGAGCGACCAGACCAGCCUGUACCACGCAGCCAAGGGGCUGAUGACCCUGCAAGCUCUGUACGGGACGAUCCCCCAGAUCUUUGGGAAAGGAGAGUGCGCCCGGCAAGUGGCCAAUAUGAUGAUCAGGAUGAAGAGGGAGUUUACAGGGAGCCAGAAUUCAAUAUUCCCUGUUUUUGAUAAUCUCUUGUUGCUCGAUCGCACUGUGGAUCUGUUAACGCCUCUUGCCACUCAGCUUACGUAUGAAGGACUCAUUGAUGAAAUUUAUGGCAUUCAGAACAGUUACGUGAAAUUACCUCCGGAGAAAUUUGCACCUAAGAAACAGGGCGAUGGUGGUAAGGACCUUCCCACGGAAGCAAAGAAGCUUCAGCUGAAUUCUGCAGAGGAGCUGUAUGCUGAGAUCCGAGAUAAAAACUUCAAUGCAGUGGGCUCCGUGCUUAGCAAGAAAGCAAAGGUGAUCUCUGCAGCGUUCGAGGAGAGGCACAACGCCAAGACCGUUGGGGAGAUCAAGCAGUUCGUUUCGCAGCUGCCCCACAUGCAGGCAGCAAGGGGCUCCCUCGCAAACCACACCUCGAUUGCAGAGCUAAUCAAAGAUGUAACUACUUCUGAAGACUUCUUUGAUAAAUUAACAGUGGAGCAGGAGUUUAUGUCUGGAAUAGACACUGAUAAGGUCAACAGUUACAUUGAGGAUUGUAUUGCCCAAAAACAUCCGCUGAUCAAGGUGUUAAGACUAGUUUGCCUCCAAUCCGUGUGCAAUAGUGGACUCAGACAAAAAGUUUUGGAUUAUUACAAAAGAGAAAUCCUGCAGACAUAUGGCUAUGAGCACAUAUUGACCUUGCACAACCUAGAGAAGACUGGCCUGCUGAAACCACAGAUGGGGGGCAGAAACACUUACCCAACCAUCCGGAAAACGUUACGCCUCUGGAUGGAUGAUGUAAACGAGCAAAAUCCCACGGACAUAUCGUACGUGUACAGUGGUUAUGCCCCUCUCAGCGUGCGCCUGGCCCAGCUGCUUUCCCGGCCCGGCUGGCGGAGUAUUGAGGAAGUUCUGCGCAUCCUCCCAGGGCCCCACUUUGAGGAGCGGCAGCCAUUGCCCACAGGGCUGCAAAAGAAACGUCAACCGGGAGAAAACCGAGUCACUCUGAUAUUUUUCCUCGGGGGUGUAACCUUUGCUGAAAUUGCUGCCCUGCGAUUUCUUUCCCAGCUGGAAGAUGGAGGUACAGAAUAUGUCAUCGCCACCACUAAGCUAAUAAACGGGGCCAGCUGGAUAGAGUCGCUAAUGGAAAAACCUUUCUAGGGCGUUCAAAGGAGACUUACCGGUGAACUGCAGAAUAAACUGCUCCUUUGAAGAAGUUGCUGGAAGGAAGUGCAACCCCAUGGAGGAAUAACACAAGAAUACAGAAUUUACUUUGGGCUCAGCUUCUUAAAUUAUGCUGUUUUCUCCUUUCUGCUUGUCUUUUGUGUUCCUAAUUUCUUAAAGAAAGAAGAAUGGAAGAGAAUCAGCCAGGGUAAAAGACAUAACAGUUUUUAAUGUUCUGAGCUCAGGAUCUUCAUUAGAGACCUCUGGAAAUAUAUUAAGGAUGGUGGGAUGGAUAAUCUAUACAGCCACACAGAUGGGUCCAGUUCUUAAGAAAGCAGGGACCAAGCAGGUAAAAAUGAAAAUAAAAGUGGAAGGUCCGACCCCUAAUAAA